AGUGCGGCGGACAAGACGGAAGUGUGAUGAAGACUUGGGCGAGGAUAUGGAUGUCCCUAGCGGUGUCGGCGGCGGUCCUGCGGCUCGGGGUCAGUCAGGACGGCGAGUCCUUGGCUACCAGCUUCUUGUCAGGUUUGCUGGACACAAUUACGAGCACAGCUGACAGCAAAGACUGCCCUGGUGUCUGUGUACACACGCUUGCCACGCUGAUAUGUUACGAGGUGCUGGAAGAUGUGGCAUGUCCCUCGCCCUCCAUGAGGUGCUGUAUAGAGUCACCUCCUACCAACACCACAAGUUCGCCACAGACGACCCGGCCCCCACCACCACCUCAGUCCAGCGUACCACCACCUCCUGCCUCCACAGUCAAACCAAUAAAAAAACCACAGACUCCUGAUCCUGGGUCUACGAAACCAGAAGCAGCUCCUUUAACUAAAGAUAAGGACGAUCCAGGUAAAAACUACACUGCGUGCCCGGGUGUGUGCGUGGCUGAGAGAAUAGCUGACUACUGUGAGGCAGUCCUGGAUGUGGCAUCGCUCUGCAAGCAAGGAUUGAGGUGUUGUGUUUCACGGGACAGCUACGGGGAGGAUACGCCUCCCAACCUAGUCAUCAUGGAUCGCAACAGCAGUCACAGUGAAACAAAGGUGGCAACAACGACAACGACACCAGCACCUGCCUCUAGGCCCCCACCAGCAAUGCGGCCCUGUCGAGGCGAGUGUGUCAGUGGGCUCUUUGCCCUUUUCUGCGAUGACAUAGACACUCAGGCACACUGCCCUGGUGAUGACAGUUGCUGCAUCACAAACCCUACUGCUCCUGCCUCGGAGCCACCCCCUCGUCCCCGUCCAGCCACAACUCCCCCACCACCUCCUACCACCACGCAGAGACCUACUCCCUCCACCCCUGCUCUCCCCAAGUGUCCAGGUUUUUGCCUGCUCAACAUCAUGGCUGCCUUCUGUGAAAGACCGAGUGUGCUAAUACCUCACACGUGGAACUGCAAGCGAGGCUCUGUCUGUUGUGACAAUACCAGACAAGCCACCACCGCCAGACCCAGACCUACCACCACCACAACUACUACCACACCUCCACCACCAGAUGACAGACCUGACUGCCCCGGCUCCUGUAUAGUAUCUUACCUCUCGUUCACAUGUUUCAGGAACGCAGAGAUGACCGAGUUAUUCAAGUGCCGUAAGUCCGGGACACAGUGUUGUGCACCCAAAUCUAUGAUUCGAGAACUGAUAGAACAGAAGAAUGGAGGAGGAGGCAUCAGUUCUUCAGCGUCCAGGAACGACAGCAUCGCAGCCCAGUACCAGCCUCAGUACUCUGUGCAGCAUACUCAAGUGUCUGGCACAACGAGUACCGUGAGGCCGCCAGUGUACAGCAAGUACGUGUGUGGCGUGAAGGGUACAGCACGAGGAGGCCGUGUGGUGGGAGGAGAGGACGCAGACCCUGCUGAGUGGUGUUGGCAAGUGGCACUCAUAAACUCACUCAACCAGUAUCUCUGUGGGGGUGCACUUAUUGGUACUCAGUGGGUGCUGACCGCAGCUCAUUGUGUCACCAACAUAGUCAGGUCAGGAGAUGCCAUAUAUGUGCGAGUGGGCGAUCAUGACCUGACACGCAAGUAUGGCAGUCCAGGAGCACAGACAUUGCGUGUUGCCACAACAUACAUCCACCACAACCACAACAGCCAGACACUGGACAAUGACAUUGCACUCCUCAAGCUGCAUGGCCAGGCUGAGCUGCGUGACGGUGUGUGUCUUGUGUGUCUGCCAGCACGUGGAGUCAGUCAGACAGCUGGUAAACGCUGUACAGUCACUGGCUACGGUUACAUGGGAGAAGCUGGACCUAUACCGCUGAGAGUCAGAGAAGCUGAAAUACCCAUUGUGAGUGAUGCCGAGUGCAUUCGAAAAAUCAAUGCUGUAACGGAAAAAAUAUUCAUCCUCCCAGCAAGCAGUUUCUGUGCAGGUGGAGAGGAAGGGAACGAUGCUUGUCAGGGAGACGGUGGAGGCCCACUGGUGUGCCAAGACGACGGGUUCUAUGAGUUGGCAGGACUGGUGUCGUGGGGGUUCGGGUGUGGCCGGGUCGAUGUGCCAGGCGUAUACGUCAAGGUGUCAUCAUUCAUCGGCUGGAUCAACCAGAUAAUCAGUGUCAACAACCUGUGAGACAAUGCGACAGAGACACUACAUCACAAAGGUCCAUUCUCAUGACAACCACCAAGUUUGUUCAGUGAUAAAUCUGCUUUGACUGCAAGAAAAUUGAGAACACGAUUCUCAUCUCACUAAGGUUACAAAAAAUCCCUGAGAUAAUUCAUCUUGGUCCAAAUUUUUUAAGAGAUAAUCAUCAAACAGGAACAAUAAAUAAGGUUUUGAUUUGUCAAUGAAGAUUUUACAUUUAGAGGUAUGGUUGCUAUGGAUCCAAAUGAAACAAUUUUUGAAUAGACAUAUUUUUUUAACUCUUGAUCCUCAUUUCACAUACAAAGGAUUGAAGAAAGAAUGAUAUGCUUCUUAGAGUGAAGAAUUUGUUUGACUUGAGACUGAUAGUGUAAAAAGAGGCAACAUUAGUAUUGUUCUAACAUCACAAUGAUAUUUGGGUUGUUUAAUUUGAACGUAAAUGAAUCUUAUGAGCUUAAAUCCCUAGUCCAAGAUAGAUUUUAGUCUCAAAAUACAGAAUUCAACAAAGAACAAAAUAUAGGUUAGUUAAAUUGAUUAAAGUAUUUAUUUAUUUUUUAAGUAUACAUUCUUCCAAAUAAAUUCUAAAGCAAUAUUAAUUGACUGUGUCUAAAUUACAAAACAACAGUAAAUAAUGUUUUAUAAUGUCUACAACCAUCAAAGCAUUUCAUAAUUUUCAGUAGAAACCAAAAAUGUUCUGGUUACAAUAAUGAACGGCUAUGUAACUCAAAUUUCUGUAAUAACUAUUUUAUUUAUAAUUUUUACUGUUCUAUUAUAACAUUUUCAUGAAAUAAAUCUGUGGGAGUGUACGUCUUCAGAUUUGAUGCAUGUAUUCAUUGUCAUGAUUAUAAAAUGCAUUACUUAAUACAAAUUAUUUAUUUGUAAAAAAAUAAAUUAAGUCUAUUGUGAUUGCAUGAUUGAAACUAUUUCCCCUGCCCAUGGGAAAAUUUCUGAACAACAGGAUUGACUGAUCAUAUUAAAAAUAACAGACAAAACUUUUAAAAUUGUUUGGAUUUUUUUAGUGCUCCUUUAUUUUUGAAAAAUUAAUAUUCUUCAGAUCAUGUAACAAUAUUUUCUGGGUCUGUUAAAUUUCUGUUUUAUCAUAAUAAUUACCCUGAUAGGAUACUAUUUUUAUGUUUUUGGCACUCACAUGACAGAUACAGACAUUCCAUCAUGUAAAGGUGUUUCACGUUUCAAUGAUAUACUGCAAUGUACAAAUAAUAAAUUCCAUGUCUUUGUAUAUCGUAAUUUAUUUAAUAUUUAUUGAUCUGUAUAUAUUUCAUA